AACUGUAUUAUUCCUUUUUCCUCUUCCAGAAUGAAGACAUUCAAAUGCUGUUUUAAAUACCCAGCACAGCAGAAAGUUUUCAUCUUAUUUGUAACUCUAUGGCUGUUCUCCUUGUUGAAGCUUCUAAAUGUGAGGAGCCUCCUCUUCCCUCAAAGAGGCAUUUACUUGGUUGAAUCCUCCCUGAGUACCUCACCUUUUGUAAGGAACAGAUACACCAGUGUGAAAAAUGAAGUCAGGUAUGAAGUUAACUGUUCAGGUGUCUAUGAACAGGCACCUUUGGAAAUUGGCAAGAGUCUGGAAAUAAGAAGGAGGGACAUCAUCGACUUGGAUGAUGAGGAUGUUGUGGCGAUAACCAGCGAUUGUGACAUUUAUCAGACCCUGAGAAAGUACCAUCAAAAGCCUGUUUCAAGGGAGGAGAAGAGCUUCCCAAUAGCCUAUUCUUUGGUCGUUCAUAAAGACGCCAUUAUGGUUGAAAGGCUACUUCAUGCCAUAUACAACCAGCACAAUGUGUACUGCAUCCAUUAUGACCAUAAGUCACCUGAUACCUUCAAAGUUGCCAUGAACAAUUUAGCUAAGUGCUUCCCCAAUGUUUUCAUUGCCUCCAAAUUAGAGACAGUGCAAUAUGCACACAUUUCCAGACUCCAAGCUGAUCUGAAUUGUUUGUCAGACCUCCUCAGGUCCUCGGUUCCGUGGAAAUAUGUUAUCAAUCUGUGUGGGCAAGAUUUUCCUUUGAAGUCAAACUUUGAAUUAGUGUCAGAGUUAAAGAAACUCAAUGGAGCAAAUAUGUUAGAAACGGUGAAACCCCCUAACAGUAAAAUGGAAAGAUUCACUUACCACCAUGAACUCAGACAGGUGCCUUAUGAAUAUGUGAAGCUACCAAUAAGGACAAACAUCUCCAAGGAAGCCCCCCCUCAUAACAUUGAGAUAUUUGUUGGCAGUGCUUAUUUUGUUUUAAGUCGAGCAUUUGUUAAAUAUGUUUUCAACAACUCCCUCGUUAAAGACUUUUUUGCCUGGUCUAAAGAUACAUACUCGCCUGAUGAACAUUUUUGGGCUACCUUAAUUCGGGUACCAGGAAUACCUGGGGAGAUCUCUAGGUCAGCCCAGGAUGUGUCUGACUUGCAGAGUAAGACCCGCCUUGUCAAGUGGAACUAUCAUGAAGGGCUUUUGUAUCCCCGUUGUACCGGCUCCCACCUUCGAAGUGUGUGUAUCUUUGGAACGGCGGAAUUAAGGUGGCUUAUAAAUGAUGGACAUUGGUUUGCUAAUAAAUUUGAUUCUAAGGUGGAUCCUGUCUUGAUUAAAUGCCUGGCAGAAAAGCUUGAAGAGCAACAGAGACAAUGGAUUACUAUGUCUUCAAAAAAGUUACUUAUGGCUGAAAAUCCCGUAAUCACAUCAUGAUAAAAUCAUGAUAGAAAGAAGGCAUCUGAUAACUAGAGCUCAUACGGACUUGUGUGCUACACCACACCCAGUACCAUUCGAGCUUAACCUCCUCACAAUUUGCGAGGUGCCCAAAAUGCCACGCACAAAGGCGACAAUUAGCCUGCAUUUGGUUGGGUGUUUUUUGUUUUUCCUUGUAACCUUAUGGAGCUAAAUCAGAGAUUUUAAACAGUCCAUCAUCAGAGCUCAGCAACUACUGAUACUGAGCUCCAACUGUAUGCCAGGUACUUUUAUAGAAAUGUGUAGGAAUUAGAUUCAAAUUGUAAUGAGUUAUACAAUGCCUUCAAGGCUUGCCCUAGUUCCACAGCAACCUUAGUAUCACGUUCUCCACAUAGCAGUCAGGAUUCUACUGAAAAGGUGUUGGAGAGUGGGAUAAUCACAUAACCACUGAAACCACCAAUUUCAGGGUAGUGUUUAAGUAUAAUGACCAACACUCCACUUGUCUCUUAAUUCAGCUCCCCAGACUUGUCUUAGCCAUUAGAAUAUUAGGAGAAACUCCACUACCUCAGGAAAGCUCAAAGAAUUGUCCAGUUUCCUGCUUGCCAAAGCAUUUUCCUAUUGGUGCCUCACCCUUUCAAUUCAGAGUCAGAA